AUGAACAAAUGCGCCAAGCCCGGUCUAGCUGCGGCGGCGGCGGCGUUGUUGUUGGUGGUGAUGGCAACCCUACUCGUGGCGGCCAAAGCGGAAUGCGGCGUCGACGUCGGAAACGUGGUGAGUAGCUGCGGGCAAUUCGUGAGCAAAGGCGGGCCGAAGACGCCUCCUUCCCCACAGUGUUGCAAAGCCCUAAACGGCGCCGACGUCCCUUGCGCCUGUAAGAACCUCUUGACUCCAAGCAUUCAAGGUUUGAUCGACAUGAACAAAGCCGUCUUCGUCGGCAGGUCCUGCGGCCUCUCUAUUCCCGCCGGCAUGAAGUGCGGCAGUAAGUAA